GGGAAAUUUUUUGAGUGUUGCACCAAAUUCGAACUGGGACAAUUUAGGCUAGAUUUUACUCAUUUUCACCUCUGUUUUUUUAACCGAAUACUGUCGAUUAAGGACGGAGUCGUUUAUAGUUUGCAAAAGGCCUGGUUGUUAAGGUAAUUAGUUGGUCAGGGAACAAAUUUGAUGGAAAACAUGGCUGCUUCAAAAGGUGGUUUUGGACAAAAGUACACUUCCCCAUCUCGGCGCUCCAUCUCGCCUAGUUCCCAGACUCCCAUAUCAUCCAUGACCUUGCCCAGCAUGAGCGCAGCGGGUACACUGACUAGCGGGGAGAGGCGACACUACAACCGCGCCCUGAGGGAGCUGUGCAAGAUCCUGCGUCUUGAUAGCCAGCGUCUGGAUGAGACAAUGCAUCGUGGGAUUGACGGGGAGGUAGACUGGAGCCGGAGGGAGGGAACUCUUUCAGAGGAUGUGGCAGAGGAUGAAGAAUCCUCCUUCCGCGCCUCCGACGACAUCCCAACGGAUUCCCCACAUCAGCUGUAUGAGAGCGAAGACUACUUUGUGCCUAGACACGCCCCCCAAAAAUUACCCACCAAGAAGAAAAUCAACAGGGAUGAUUCCUCCUUCUACCAGGAUGAGCCAGACGAUAAGAUGGCGGCGGUACAGGAUGUGUAUGCAGAGCUGGCUACCAUCAACAGAAAACUCCAGAAAGAGAGUGCCAUUCUUCACGAGCGGGAGUUGGCCCUGAUGGAGCGAGAGAGGGCGCUAGUCGACCGCGAGCAGGCAAGUCUGAUUGAGCAGGAUUCCACGUUACGCAGCGCACAGAAAGAAGUGGGGCGCAGAUGGGCUGUCUUGAAAGAGCAACACCAGAAUGAACUGGAUAAGAUGAGUGAGCAGCUACAGGAUAAGACCAAGGAGACAAGGAGACUCAAGGCCUCCUUUGACACCCUCAAACAGGCUAAUGAUGCACUACGCAAACAGUUGACUGAAAUCCAGGAGCAGAAUAAGAAAUUGGAGUCGCAGGCCCUUAAUGUUCAGAGUCGUCUGGUCAACCUGCAACGCAAGCAGGAACUCAGCGAACGACAGCGGGCUCUCAACAGCAUGUCUGCAAAGGCAAAGGCCGAGAACCGGCCAACUGUGGGUACCAGGGACGCGACGGAAGCAAGCAAGACAGCUGGGGUGUCUAAACAGAACAAGCCUACUGCGGUUUAUGACGUCCUGGGUGUCUUGUUGGAAUGGCUGAGUGACGUCCAUCUCAGGAAUGUGUUGCCAGAAGAUGGCAGCAAGCAACCCACGGUGGCCUUGCCUGCACCAGCGCUUACUAAAGAACGAUGUACCAAGAUACUGCCCUCGCUUGUUGAAGUUCUACACUGCCUACCAGCCGCCAGUUCUAAGAUGCAUCUACCUUGCCUGCAGUUCAUUUAUUGGUCCUUGGUGCAUCUUGACCAAGGUCAAGGGUCACAGCCACGCAACCCACUUGCCUCUACCUACCGUCGGCUGGGGGAAGAACUGUACAAACCCACAAUGGUUCGCUUCGCUGGCGUGGUAGAAGACCUCAAGAUGCAGGAAGGCCUGCACGAGAAACCCAAAGCUGCCGUGUUCUUCAGGAGUCCAAACCUCCACGUCAGGAUGCUGUCUUGUCUCAUCAUCUUGAAGACACUAUCGCAAGUGGACUACUUAGCCCAGGUGUUUGACGUCUUGCGGACUGAUCUCAAGGAAGAUACAGCUAAGGAGAUAUACAUUCGCUACCAAGCCACGCCGGUGGUAGUGCCUUACCUGAAGAUGACCCAUAAGGCUCUGAUGAGCAGCGCGGUGGACGUCUUCCUGCAGAUGUCUAUGGAGUCAGCAUUUACGCAAGAGUUUCUGGAAAGUUGUAGUACGGAUGUCUGGUUCAGAGCCUGUGCCACCGUCCUACGCACUCCCAAUCUGGAUCCUAAGGUCUGGGAGAAACUCAGCAUUAUACUCCAGAAACUGUCCAAAAUCAAGACCAACAAACGCCACUUUGAGGUUCAAGGCAUCACGGGCAUCGUGCAGGAGUUAUUACGGACCAGCAGCCAAGAAAAUACAUUCCUGUCUCUCAAUCUCAGGUCUAUCCUGUUUAAUUUCAACGUCGCUAAGAGAUCCCCAUCAGCAUCAUGAUGUGAUUUUGUCAUAGACAACAGUCUACUGAUAUGAAAUGCUUUGGUGAAACACUUGACUUGCAAUUGAAAGACUGGGGUUCGGGUCCUGGUGGCACCGAUUUGAGUAACAUUACUUUUAGAUGCCAAAAAAGUUUAAUACAAGUUGGCUUGAAUGAUGGCUGUGCUUUUAAUAAUGUGCGUUUCUCAUUAAGGACAUAUAUCCACCAUUGUUGGUGCCCAAAGCGCUACAUCAUUAUUACCCUGCUCAUUGGGCCAACGAAACUUUCCAAAGACAAUUUCAGCUGCCUGGGGAGUAUGCAGCUCCAUGCUGCCAUGUUGGCGCAAAGCAGCUAAAAUCAAUCACAAUAAGCAUCUCUGCCCUCACAGGUACCCAUUUACUCCUGGGUGGAGAGAAGCAAUGAGUGACACAUUGCCUUUCUAAAGGGCACAUGCACCAUAACCCCAGGCUGGACUUGAACCCACAACCAGAAUCACCUGCAGACCAUGAGUUCAGUACUCCGGACAGAAAUAUAAAACAAAUCCAUUGCUGAUUUUCUAGCAUGUUAUGAGCUUUUCCAUGAGAAACAUCUGAUGGAAAAACUGGCUCACAGCAAAAAGUAAGUUACUUAAAGAGUCUUGCCCAAGAACACAAGCACCAUGUUCCCCAUCAGUAGUUGAACACCGUCACAAUUAGACCACAUCGUUCCUUUUAGGUGUUACCUCAAAAGUAACAUUCUACAAAUUCAUACGGCUCCAAAAAAAAUCAUUGAAUGGACUUGUUAGACCUUUUUGAAUUGAUGAACUCCUAAGCCCACUGAUGUUUACCUUUCCGAAGACCCUCUGAAGGAGCUUUUUAUUCUGAGACAAGUUUGGCCUGAGAGCGUUACUUCUUUGAUGGCUAGUCUACUUCGCUGAGGAACUCUGUGUGUGUGUUGUCACUGUUGUGAAAGCUUAAUAUUAAGUGCUGUUGAUAAACAACACAAAAGUUGACAUGGCAAUACUGCACCAAUUACUUAAAAACAUUGGCUGAAUCAUUGUGUUUUGUAAAGAAAAAUCAUAAGUACAUGUGGUUUCUAUGUACAGUUUGGCAUUGUCGUAAUAUGUGUGAGUUUAGAUUUUGUUUGGACUGUGUACUGUGUUUUGCCACAUAUUUGCCGUUUUAUUAAAGAAAACAAAAAACAAAAACAAAAAAGCCAACAUAUUUAUAUUUUACCUGUGUUUCAGUAGUUAAGUCUGCCAGUUCAUAGAUUGACGGGUCCAUUGUCCAGUGUUGAUAGUGAAGUAACAGUGGCGUGAAGAGCAGGUUUUGCUCACAUGUCUUUUAAAUCGGUCUACAAAAAGAAAGAUUUGAUAAAUAAUAAUUUUGGCCAAGAAGUAGGACAGGGUUUGGAUACUUCUAGUUUUGUAUGUGUUUGUGGAAAUAUUUGUGCACACUUCUCAAUGUGUUUGGCCACUAUAGAUGAAAAUGACUAGAAUGAGUCGUUUUUUUUACUUUGCCUAAAUUAAACUUCACACAAAAGACAACACAA